ACUUCGGUGAACCGCCAUUUCAUUGUUUUUAUCCCAUGGCUUUGUCUUUGUUCUUUAUUUCUUCCCCUGAAACGAUUCGAUUAGCUUCCAAAUACCAUUCAAGGACGUUGCGACUGCGGUUCCGUUCAUCGAGUUCCAAAUAUGAGCCGACACCCUACCUUAAGAUGGGCACAAACAUCGGACAGGCUAUUCAUAACAAUUGACAUCCCUGAUGCCCAGGAUGUGAAGCUUAAGUUGGAGCCUGAAGGGAAAUUUUUCUUUUCUGCAAUUGGUGGAGCAGAGAAGAUUCCAUAUGAAAUCGACAUUGAUCUCUACGAUAAAGUUGACAUAAAUGAGAGUAAGGCUAGUGUUGCCAUGAGAAACAUCAGAUAUAUGAUAGAAAAGGCUGAAAAGAAGUGGUGGAGCAGAUUGUUGAAGCAAGAAGGGAAACCUCCUGUGUUUGUGAAAGUUGAUUGGGACAAAUGGGUUGAAGAAGAUGAGGAAACUGAGAAUAAGUCUGGCAAUGAUAUAGAUUUCGGCGACAUGGACUUUUCGAAACUUGGUAUGGGUGCUGGUGCAUUUGGAGAGGAUGAUGAAGACAACAACGACAUCGACAAUGAGGGUGACGAUAAAGAAGGGGUAGAACUCGAUCGAGCACCUCUUGCAGAGCCUGGUUCUACAAGUAGCAAACCUGAUGCUAAAGCUUAAGUUGGUAACUCUGCUUAGUUUAAGGUAAAUGCUGCUCAUAUCCUGCAUCCGGAGGGGUGGGCAUGACAUGACAUGACAUCCUAGGGACUUAAGAGUGUUCAUAUUUUGAUUGCAUUUAGCUUUAAGAAUAUUUUCUCCUGGAACCUCUCUGCGUUUAGAUUUUGGAUUGCAAUGCGUUGUGGUUUGUUUUUCGAUGCUGCCUUUACGGAUCAAACAACUGAGCAAACUCAUACGUGCUUAUUUGUUUCUUUUAUCUUAUGGUUAAACACAAAUAUGAAUACAUAUUAUUAGUCAAA